GCAGGUUGCUGGCAGCAGCAAUUAGCACAAUAUAUAGCUCCAGAGGAAAAAGUCCAAUGACUGUGCAGCAUGGCUUCUGACAGAGGUCCUUCAGCUGGAGAUGCUACCUCGAGGAGAAGAAUUGAACCCUGGGAAUUUGAAGUCUCCUUUGACCCCCGAGAACUCUGUAAAGAGGCCUGUCUGCUCUAUGAAAUCAAGUGGGGCAAGAGGCAGAAGGUCUGGCGACACUCGGGCAAGAACACCACCAAGCACGUUGAAUGCAAUUUUAUAGAAAAAAUUACUUCAGAAAGACAUUUCCCCCCAUCCGUCAGCUGCUGCAUCACCUGGUUCUUGUCCUGGAGUCCCUGCUGGGAAUGCUCCAAGGCUAUUCGGGAAUUUUUGAAUCAACAUCCUAGAGUGACCCUGGUUAUUUACGUAGCACGGCUUUUCCAGCACAUGGAUCCGCAAAACCGGCAAGGACUCAGAGACCUGAUUCACAGCGGUGUGACUAUCCAGAUUAUGGGACCCCCAGAGCAUUAUUACUGCUGGAGGAAUUUUGUCAACUACCCACCUGGGAAAGAAGCUCACUGGCCAAGAUACCCCCUUCUGUGGAUGAAUCUGUAUGCACUGGAACUCCACUGCAUAAUUCUAGGUCUCCCUCCCUGUUUAAAGAUUUCAAGAAGAUGUCAGAAUCAGCUGACCUGGUUCAGACUUAUUCCUCAAAAUUGCCAUUACCAAAUGAUUCCACCCCAUAUCCUUUUAGGUACAGGGUUGAUACAACUUCCUGUGACUUGGAGAUGAAUAGAAUGAUUUCUUGUAUAUAUACUGUUUCAUGAACAG